UUAUUUUCCUUUAAUCUUCUCUUUUCUAAAAAAACAAAACGCCAAAACAAAAAUGAAUAUUCUUCUUCUGCCAGUGGAAGUCCAUCUGGACAUAUUUAAAUAUCUCAACUUUAACCAAAUAUCCUCUAUUCAACAAACAAAUAGCUAUUUCUGUUCAUUAAUUGAUAAAUAUAUUGGGAUAUUGGCAAAGAAGAAAUUUUAUUCUUUUGAGACAAUUGUGUAUAAAUCGGUUAAUGACAAGAACAAAUAUUUAAAAUUGAAGGAAGAGGAUAUUGGUUUGGCUGAUGGUUUUGAGUUGAGUAAGGAACUUGAUGGGAAGGUGAGGGAAUUUUUUAAGAUAGAUUGGGCUGGGGUAGUUUCUCCACCCAAUGUCUAA